GGCUAGUAUUAACCUAAUGGAAGCAAGCAGGUACCUAGCUACGCAGCAUUUACAGUGUAGCUAAGGCGCAUAUCUUCCGCUAGAUGACCUUAAAACUACCUAAAGCGUCAGGCUCAGACAGGCCCUCGGGAGUUUCUUUGUAAUGUAGCAGCAUGUCUUGAUCUUACAUUCUGAUACUAUACACUCUCUAUCCCAUGAGAAACGCUGAAUGUUUGCACUUGAUAUCCGAAUACGCAGAGAAACGCCACGUGCCCUGUGCUCAAAAGCCUCGUCGGUUAGUGUAGAUCCGAAUGGCGUGGUCUCCACUGACGGUAUGUGGUGAAUCGUUGGAAUGAUAGUAUACAUACAACAAGCGGUCUCGUAAAUUCGAUAAACACGCAAUUUUCCUCUGCUCUGUUCACUACAGCUUUCGCCAUCAUUUACCUGCCGCCUUCUCGGUGCGUCGGAUGACAAUAUGGGCAGCACCACUGAGUCCGGUCUCGAGCCACAGCUGGCCAGCAAUGAGCUUCCAGCCCGAAGAAAUUCGAUGGAAGACAAUGAAGUAGAAGAUGACCCGUCAGCAUACCCAGAGGGUGGCACUGAGGCAUGGCUGGUCGUACUAGGCGCUUGGUGCGCUAUGAUUCCUUCAAUGGGCUUGCUCAACACACUCGCCAUUCUGCAGGCCUGGGUAUCCGAGAACGAGCUGUCAGACCUGCCAGAGUCUACGAUUGGAUGGAUCUUCAGCACGUACGCCUUCUUUCUCUACUUUACCGGUGCGCAGACGGGUCCGAUCUUCGAUGCGUAUCCUGUGCGACUGCUGGUGAUUCCGGGUAGUAUUGGCAUUGUUGCGUCGGUGUUUCUCUUCAGUGUUUCUAAAGAGUUCUACCAGUACUUGCUCUCCUUUGGCGUCUUAGGCGGCAUCUCUGCGUCUUUACUGUUCAACCCGAGCAUAUCCGCCGUUGGCCACUGGUUCUACAGGAAACGCGCCCUCGCAACCGGGGUAGCUUGCACAGCAGGGGGGAUAGGGGGCGUCGUCUUCCCUCUGAUCAUUCUAUAUGCUGCUCCCCGCGUUGGCUUCGGAUGGGCCCUGCGUAUUGUCAGCUUUGUAAACGUGGCUGCUGGUAUUACUGCGUCCUGCCUCCUUCGAAAGAGACUGCCGCCGAAUAAGAAGGCCGGUGCUUCUGUUGAUUUCAAAUCCCUAUCUGAGCCACGAUUCGCCUCCACUGCUCUCGCUACCUUUCUGAUCGAGUUCGCUGUCUUCAUUCCAUACACGUAUGUAUGUUCUCACGCCAUACAUGCUGGUCUAGAUCGACAGACAGCCUAUCUACUAAACGCCUUAUUAAAUGCCGGUGCUGUCCCUGGCCGAGCACUUCCCGGCUAUAUUGCUGACCGCUUCGGAUCAUUCAAUACGAUGUGUGUUACAGCGCUUGCGUGUGUGGCCACGGUCCUAGCCCUCUGGUACUCUGCCGGUACAAAUGCAGCGCAAGUCAUUUCGUUCGCACCCCUAUUCGGCUUUUGGUCGGGCGCUGCCAUCAGCUUAACGCCUGUGUGUAUCGGCCAAGUGUGCCGAACCGAGGACUACGGCAAGCGAAGUGGCACGGCGUUCUUUCUCGCGAGUUUUGGUACCUUAAUCGGGGUGCCUAUUGCAGGCGUUAUUCUGGAGAAGAACCACGGCUCGUAUAACGGGCUGAUUAUAUUUGCUGGUGUCCUCUACGUGGCGGCUCUAAUUGCUUUCGUCGUGGCUAGGGGUCUGUCUACAGGGUGGCGACUGACGGUCCUAUUCUAAACUCGCUCACGAAAUAUCAUGCAUAUAAUCGCAUACUUAAACAGCUAGGCGGCUAGAUUUGAUGGUUUAUUAGAUUUAAGACAUAGACUAUGGGCGUCGAUUCGCUAUGGCGUAUAUCCUCAAAGACUCAAUAAUCUCACGGCAAGUGAGAACGACAUGGUCAAAAUAGACAUUCAAUAUACAGAAAUAGAACCAUCAAGUCUUAAAAAAGAUUAUUCAACAGUCUACCUGUUCUCUUCCACCAGUAUAACGCCUUGUUGAACGUAGGUGGGCUAUAUAAUAACCGUUAGACUGCUCGAACGUCUAACG